UCUGAAGUCAUUGUGUUUUAAGCCAAGGUUUAAGCUAGUGAACGCACAAGGUGGCCAGUCUGCGGAAAUGUUCAUGCUUUUCAUAUGCCCUGGCUGAAUUCUUAUUGAUUUUGCAAACACUUUUUUAAAUUAUCUGACUUCAAAAGCCACUAAUCGUCUUUGUUCCUUUGCUUAUAUGGUAAAAGAACCAUGUAAUUGAUUUUAGUCAGUCUUUUUAUAUCCGAGUAAGUAGAUUGAUCCAAUAUGGUUGGAGAGGCGAAUUUAAUGAUACAUGUAUAUGGUACUAGUAUAUGUUAUCAGUAUGCUGGAGUAGAUAAUACGGCGACGGAUAUGAAUGACUGAUUGAUGAAAAAUUUAGAUGGGGAGCAAGCGUGAAAAUCCCACAGGUCUAUUACUCGUAAGAGACCGUCCUUGGAUUAAGAGUUAUUAAACUAGCAUUCUUUCUAUAGAUGAGCGUUGAGCUGAAUAUUAUUUCUGAAUGUGAGGGAUCACCAAGUAAAAUUUGCACAUCAUAAGGUCUCAUUGAGCACAACCAUGUUUUACUUCCUACUAUAAAACUGAGAUCCAUAAUCUCUAUUAUAAUAUGCAACUAUUCUAUCCCUAUUAACACGCUUGGCCCAUUCUAGCCCUUAGCCCCUUAUUUAUGAGUUACCUUGUACUUAUACUAUUAUAUAGAAUAUUAGAAUUCUUUUAAUAUUAUCUGUCCUGUUUAGUAAUCGUCUUUGUUGUACAUUAGCUUGGCAUUUUCUUCCUGCUGCGCACCUGAAGUGCCUAAAAAUCUCAAUUUCUACAUUUCAUUUUGGGAAAUGCUUCACAUAUGUCCCAUCUGUGCAACUCUGUCACAACUACUACUUCUAAUCCCAAAUAUAAGUCCAUGGACUUGGGCACAAGAGUCAAGGUAACGCAUACCCCACCAAUUAUUGCUAAAAGUUAAGGUGGCUGGCAAGUUUAUUGCAUUGUUUAGGGUGCUAAGCAUGUGCAGACAUAGAAGAUUGAAGCAAAAGGCUGCAUUGGAAUUGUCAUGGAUAAAUUAGGUGCAUUUGGAAGAAUGCUAGAUGGACUUGAACUUGGUAUUCGAGGGAGUAGGUGUUUUAGUCCCUUUGGUUUAGAAGUAAAAAACAACCUAACUGAGUUGAACAAUUUGAUCUUUUGGUUGAAAAAGGGUUGUACGAAUGGUUUCUGUAGACACCAGAUAGCAGUUUUUUUCCCUUUUCUAGUACACUUCCUUUUAGUGCUUAAUGAUGAGUUCCCUUGUUUCUCUAUUCAAUUACUUGCUUUUUCUUAUGCUGUGUGAAUCUUCUGUAUUAUAUUCCCUAUCCGCACUUCAUUAGAUGUGGCAUAGGACGAAAUUUGGAGCCUAUUUGUGUUUGCUUAAGCUCCUGGUUUCUCGCCAAAUUUGGAGUUUGUGGGUUAAACUAAAUUGGUUUAAGUCUCUGUUUUUAGUCUAAAAUAGGAACAAAAUGCCUCACCGACCCACCCAAACCCCUCAAACUACUCCAGCUCCAGCUCCACAAACUCAUGGAAAUCGUAGAGCUAGGGAUACCCAGCUUCACGAAUUCUUGGAGCUGGAGCUCUCCCAAAGAGACCCAUCAAGUGACAGCAUGUAUGCUGACUGCCUGGUGUUAUGUUCAGCUGGUAUUGAGUCUAUAGUCAGGCCCAAUUUAGUUUUAGGGCAGAGUGGAGCAGUGCAGCAGCUCCAUACAUUUGUGUCAUAUGGAGCGAGGGAGGGAUUAGAUUGGAGACAGUUGCGCUAGUGCCUCCCUCACUCCCAAGAGGAAGAAUCAUGCCCCAAAUGUCGUCUUGCACAUCCAGUUGCGACAUUGUAAUCUGGUCAGUGAACGGUGGCUGCCACUAACAUCUACUGCAAAGUGGCAAGUGGCAACUGAAAAUAUGACAGAUUGCUGGGCCUUUUAUGUCUAACUGGUCUACCUGGGCUUUAGGUGAGGCCCAAUUAGUAUUAGGGCAUGGGAGAGCGGUGUAAACUUUGCAUCAACCACCUUAGAAAUAGUGCCCUGCGCCACCUCCUGUGCUAUAAUAUUUUCAUUGCACAUCAGAAGACAAGGAGGGAUCUGAAGGGAGGCAGCAAGGCGAGUGCUGCCUCAACUAGAUCCGUCUCCCAUAGUUCUUCGCCAUCCAUGUUGGUUCUUUCCGAGAGCAAGGGAGGGUACUUACUGGGAUGCGAAAGGGACAACAUCAUGGCAACGUUCCAGAGCAACAAAAGCAGCCUGUGCGAUCUUAUGAUACAAAGAUAUUUUCUAGGCAUGAUCAAAAGCUCUUAAAGGCUUCAGCAUUUUUACCUACCAUGGAAUCCCCAUUUGUUCCAAACUCAUUUACUGGGAAGAGAAAAUCAACGGUUGGUAAUACACCUAUAGUUCAACCUCAUGUUGGAUCACGGGCUGUCCAUGAGUAUCAGUUCCUUCCUGAGCAACCAAGUGAUACAUAUGAGAGGGCAAGCCGAUCUCAUUACUAUGAUACUCCAGUGGAAGUUUCAAAUUCUAGGAUAUCUUCUCUCACAUCAGGAUCACAGCUUCUCCAUGGAUCUGAGGCGGCUGCGCCUAGUUAUGCUUUUCAAGGCCACACAUCUGGUUCUAGCCUGAUGCCCCAGCCCAGCAGGUCUCAGGUGUUUCCAGGAGCACCAGCAGAUUAUGAGACGACCCAGUCUAAUAGCAACCUUAAUUCUGUUCCUGUUGAAGGCCAGUUUGAUAUUUCUCAGGUUGCUGCAUUUGAAAACCCACUUGUAUCAUCUGAAAGAAGAGCUUAUCAUGAUGAAGAUACUUCUCGAGUGGAAAGAAAACGAAAACAUAAUGAAGAAGCAAAGAUUGCAAAGGAAGUUGAAGCUCACGAAAGACGAAUUAGAAAGGAGCUUGAGAAACAAGAUAUCUUGAAUAGAAAGAGAGAGGAGCAAAGGCGCAAGGAAAUGGAGAGACUUGACCGCGAGAGAAGAAAAGAAGAGGAGAGAUUACUGCGGGAGAGACAGAGAGAAGAAGAGAGGUUCCAAAGAGAGCAAAGGCGUGAACAUGAGCGUAUGGAGAAGCUUUUGCAGAAGCAAUCUAGACGAGCAGAGAAACAAAGGCAAAAGGAGGAACUCCGAAAAGAGAAAGAAGCAGCAAGGCAAAAGGCGGCCAAUGAAAGGGCUACUGCACGCAGAAUUGCACGGGAGUAUAUGGAACUGGUGGAAGAUGAGCGUUUGGAACUAAUGGAAUUAGCUGCACAAAACAAAGGCUUGCCCUCAAUGUUGCAUCUUGACAGUGACACAUUGCAGCAGCUUGAUUCUUUUCGAGGCAUGCUAAGUCAAUUUCCUCCUACAACGGUGAGACUGAAGUUGCCAUUUUCUAUAAAGCCUUGGACUGGAUCUGAGGAUAAUGUUGGAAAGCUUUUGAUGGUGUGGAAAUUCUUCAUUACUUUUACUGAUGUUCUGGGUCUUUGUCCAGUUACACUUGAUGAGUUUGUUCAGUCUCUUCAUGAUUAUGAUUCAAGGUUGUUGGGGGAACUGCAUGUUGCUCUGCUGAAAUCCAUUAUAAAGGAUAUUGAGGAUGUUGCUAGAACUCAAUCAAUUGCACUGGGGGUAAAUCCAGGUGGCCAUCCACAAAUUGUUGAAGGGGCAUAUGCCUGGGGAUUCAAUAUACGUAGCUGGCAACGCCAUCUUAAUCUUCUUACAUGGCCUGAGAUAUUAAGACAGUUUGCUUUAUCUGCUGGUUUCGGACCCCAAUUAAAGAAAAGGACGGUAGAAGAUUCUUACUAUCGUAACGAUAAUGAGGGUCAUGAUGGUGAGAAUGUUAUAUCGACACUUCGAAAUGGUUCAGCAGCUGUGAAUGCUGCUGCUAAGAUGAAGGAAAGAGGUUACACCAAUCGACGUAGAUCCCGCCACCGUCUCACUCCUGGAACUGUAAAAUUUGCCGCUUUCCAUGUGCUUUCUCUUGAAGGGAGUAAAGGUCUCACAAUAUUGGAAGUAGCAGAAAAAAUUCAGAAAUCUGGAUUGAGAGACCUCACAACAAGCAAGACACCUGAGGCAUCCAUAGCUGCCGCCUUGUCUAGGGACGCAAAACUUUUUGAGAGAACUGCUCCUUCAACAUAUUGUGUGAAGUCGCCUUAUAGAAAAGAUCCAGCUGAUUCUGAAGCCGUGUUGUCAGCAGCACGUGAAAAAAUUAGGGCUUUUCAGAAUGUGCUUUCUGACUCUGAAGCUGAAAAGGAGGCAGAUGAAGCUGAGAGGGAUGAUGAUUCUGAAUGUGAUGAUGCUGAUGAUGACCCUGAUGGUGAUGAUGUGAAUACUGAGGUGGAAGAUGACAAGGAUCCUCCUCUUGCUGUCAAGGCACAAGAUGAAGUACCGAGUACAACUACAGUUAUUGGCAUAAGGUCUGAGUUAGAUAGUGUGGGUAAUGCAUUGAACUCAUCAAGUAGUUUUACUAAGUCAGCAAAAGGCACUCCUCUCCCUUCUUUAGGCAAGUCCGAUGCAGCAGAUACUUCUAAUGAUUCACCUCUUGGAGGCUCAUCAGCUAAUCAUGAAGUAGCCCCUGGUGAUUCUGAAAAUACGCAAAUUGAUGAAAGCAAUCAAGUUGAGCCUUGGGUACGUGCACUAGCAGAAGGUGACUACUGUGAUCUUAGUGUUGAAGAACGCCUUAACGCAUUGGUUGCCCUCGUUGGUGUUGCCACUGAAGGGAACUCUAUUCGUGGUGUACUUGAGGAACGUUUGGAGUUAGCAAAUGCCUUAAAGAAGCAAAUGUGGGCAGAAGCGCAACUUGACAAGAGGCGUUCCAAGGAAGAAUUUGCUAGCAGAGUACAAUAUAACUCUGACAUGGGUUUGAAGGCUGAUUUAUAUCAAGAAAACAAUGCUACAGAGAAUGAUGGACAUGUUGGGACAAUGAACAGUUGUGAGAUGCUUGAUCAGCAUAAUCAGGGUAAUUUUGGCAGUAUGGCUUAUGAGAGAAAUGGCAUAGGCCAGGAAAUCCUUGCAACCCCAGAUACUUCAUAUGUUCAGCAGUAUGCUUAUGCUGAUAAAACACGAUCUCAGUUGAAAUCGUACAUUGGUCACCGCGCAGAACAGCUCUAUGUUUACAGAUCCCUGCCCCUAGGUCAGGAUCGGAGGCGAAACAGGUAUUGGCAGUUUACAACUUCAGCAUCACCAAAUGACCCUGGCUCAGGAAGAAUCUUUUUUGAAUCCAAAGAUGGAUGUUGGAGAGUUAUCGACUCAGAGGAGGCCUUUGAUUCUUUAGUGGCCGCCCUCGAUACACGUGGCAGCCGGGAGGCACAGCUGCAUUCAAUGCUGCAAGUGAUCGAGCCCACCUUUAAGGAAGCUAUUAAGAGGAGAAGUGCAAGUAUAGAACUACCUGCUGGAAGGUAUCCAAAGAAUGGAGCUACUGACAUGAUAAGGGCAAAUUAUCAUAGUGAGGUUGGAAGCUCAAGCAGUACUCCUUUUGGUGCUACAUCUGAUAUUGUGACAGCAUAUUCUGAUUCUUUUAAAGUGGAGCUUGGGCGUAAUGAUUUUGAGAAGACAGCUAUCUCAAAAAGGGCAGAUAAAUUUUUAAAAUGGAUGUGGAGGGAAUGCUACAAUCAGGAAUUGACAUGUGCCAUGAAAUACGGGAAGAAAAGAUGCUCUGAAUUGUUGCAUUCUUGUAAUUGCUGCUAUCAGAUUUACUUAGCCGAAGAAAGGCACUGUCCUUCUUGCCAUAAGACUUUCAAAUCCAUUUACAAUUUUUCUGAUCAUACAACACAAUGUGAAGAGAAACGGAGAACUGACCCUUACUGGAAGAUGCAAAUCGCUGAUUAUUCUGUUCCAAUAGGAAUGGUAUUACUCAAGCUGCAGUUAGUUACGAUUGAGGCAUGUAUACCAUCAGAAGCACUUCAACCAUUUUGGACUGAUGUGUAUCGGAAAUCUUGGAGUGUGAAGCUGUACACUACCAAAUCUAUUGCUGAAACAUUUCAGCUUUUGACUGUUCUGGAAGGUGCAAUAAGACCAGGUUGCCUCUCUUCUGAUUUUGAAACAACAAGUGAAUGUCUAAACUCACAGGGUAUUGCACCCCACAAUCCUGUGUUACCUGCUGGAUCUGCUUCUGCCCUUCCAUGGGUUCCUGACACUACUUCUGCUGUUAUGCUCCGAAUGUUAGACCUUGACUCAGCUAUUUCUUACGUGCAAAAUCAAAAGAUGGAGAGAGACGAUGGAGGUUUUAUGAAAUUUCCAUCAAGGUAUACAGUUGCUAAGAGCAAACAAGAAGGUAUACUUGAACCAACUGGUUUGAAUCUGUAUGAUGGAAGGUGGCUUCCUGGUAGUGGUCGUAGGGGACGUGGACGUGGAAGUAGAGGAGGUAGCAGGGGAGGCCGAGGUCGAAGUCGAGGUGGAAGGAUCCCAAGAGGCGUUAGCAGCUCCUCAAGGAUCGAAUUCAAGGAUGACAUUGUUGCUUCUGAUAAAGCACCAAGGAAGAAUGCACGCCGAGGGCGUGCACGUGGUCGUGGUAGUAGACGAGGACGUCGAACUGUGAGGCCUCGGCAGCCAUCUGCAGGCAGAGCCAGAUCAAUUCCAAAGGAAAAUUUGUUGGGAAGCUUUAGCAUGCUUAGCAGCUCAAAGCCUGCCCCCGUUGAGGAGUCUCCACAAAGCUCUGGUGCAGAUGAGUGGGGCCUGGAGACCAGAGUGACAUACAACGAAUGUGACGAGAACAGUUCUGGAUCAGAGUCAGAAGAUAACGAGGAAAACGGCCAGCCCAUGGAUGAGGAUUAUGAAGAGCAUGUUCCAGAUUACUCAGUGGGUUAUUCUAGUAGAUCCAGGCACCAUGGAACGAUGUCCAUGAUGGAUCAUGAGACCGACGAGGAGGAUGACGAUGCUGAAGGUGAUGAGAAUGUUGAAGAAGAUGAUGCAGAUCAAGCAGUUGAUGAUGCCGAUGUUGAGAUGGAUGAAGAUGAUGAGAUUGGUGAUGAUGGAGAGGACGGCAAUCUCGGAGGGGAGAUGAAUGCGGAUGAGGAUCCAGAUGCUACUUCAUAUUCAUCUGACUACAGUGAAUAAGAAAUCAUAAAUAAGGACCUUAUCACAGAUCCUUCCUCGGCAUGAAGCAGCGAUAGAUGCGGAACUGAGGAACUGAUGUUCGAUGGGUGGGAUGUCCAUUACUGUUUUUUAGGCAUCGCAGGUUUUAUUUUAAUAGAUUUUCUGGCGCAUGCCUACUCAUUCGACGAGUGGUUGUACCGUGCUAGUUAUGUCACUGGGGAAUUCCCCGAGUUAUACAGUCUCUAAGGAGAAAUGUUAUCAUAUCGCAAUUGGGUCC